AUGUUGAAAGUACAGCGUGUGGUCAGAGAAGGGAGUAAAGAAACUCUGGCAGUCCAUGGUGUUCCGUCAGUCUGGCAGUCCAUGGUGUUCCGUCAGUGUCUGGCAGUCCAUGGUGUUCCGUCAGUCCGGCAGUCCAUGGUGUUCCGUCAGUCCGGCAGUCCAUGGUGUUCCGUCAGUAUCUGGCAGUCCAUGGUGUUCCGUCAGUAUCUGGCAGUCCAUGGUGUUCCGUCAGUCCGGCAGUCCAUGGUGUUCCGUCAGUCUGGCAGUCCAUGGUGUUCCGUCAGUCUGGCAGUCCAUGGUGUUCCGUCAGUGUCUGGCAGUCCAUGGUGUUCCGUCAGUAUCUGGCAGUCCAUGGUGUUCCGUCAGUCCGGCAGUCCAUGGUGUUCCGUCAGUCUGGCAGUCCAUGGUGUUCCGUCAGUAUCUGGCAGUCCAUGGUGUUCCGUCAGUCUGGCAGUCCAUGGUGUUCCGUCAGUCUGGCAGUCCAUGGUGUUCCGUCAGUGUCUGGCAGUCCAUGGUGUUCCGUCAGUGUCUGGCAGUCCAUGGUGUUCCGUCAGUAUCUGGCAGUCCAUGGUGUUCCGUCAGUCCGGCAGUCCAUGGUGUUCCGUCAGUCCGGCAGUCCAUGGUGUUCCGUCAGUAUCUGGCAGUCCAUGGUGUUCCGUCAGUCUCGCAGUCCAUGGUGUUCCGUCAGUCUGGCAGUCCAUGGUGUUCCGUCAGUCUGGCAGUCCAUGGUGUUCCGUCAGUCUGGCAGUCCAUGGUGUUCCGUCAGUGUCUGGCAGUCCAUGGUGUUCCGUCAGUAUCUGGCAGUCCAUGGUGUUCCGUCAGUGUCUGGCAGUCCAUGGUGUUCCGUCAGUGUCUGGCAGUCCAUGGUGUUCCGUCAGUCUGGCAGUCCAUGGUGUUCUGCCAGUCUGGCAGUCCAUGGUGUUCCGCCAGUCUGGCAGUCCAUGGUGUUCCGCCAGUCUGGCAGUCCAUGGUGUUCCGUCAGUCUGGCAGUCCAUGGUGUUCCGUCAGUGUCUGGCAGUCCAUGGUGUUCCGUCAGUCCGGCAGUCCAUGGUUGUUCCGUCAGUCCGGCAGUCCAUGGUGUUCCGUCAGUCCGGCAGUCCAUGGUGUUCCGUCAGUCUGGCAGUCCAUGGUGUUCCGUCAGUCUGGCAGUCCAUGGUGUUCCGUCAGUGUCUGGCAGUCCAUGGUGUUCCGUCAGUAUCUGGCAGUCCAUGGUGUUCCGUCAGUGUCUGGCAGUCCAUGGUGUUCCGUCAGUGUCUGGCAGUCCAUGGUGUUCCGUCAGUCUGGCAGUCCAUGGUGUUCUGCCAGUCUGGCAGUCCAUGGUGUUCCGCCAGUCUGGCAGUCCAUGGUGUUCCGCCAGUCUGGCAGUCCAUGGUGUUCCGUCAGUCUGGCAGUCCAUGGUGUUCCGUCAGUGUCUGGCAGUCCAUGGUGUUCCGUCAGUCCGGCAGUCCAUGGUGUUCCGUCAGUCCGGCAGUCCAUAGUGUUCCGUCAGUCCGGCAGUCCAUGGUGUUCCGUCAGUCUGGCAGUCCAUGGUGUUCCGUCAGUCUGGCAGUCCAUGGUGUUCCGUCAGUCCGGCAGUCCAUCGUGUUCCGUCAGUCUGGCAGUCCAUGGUGUUCCAGCAGAGCAGAGGUUUAG